AUGGAUGAUGAAUGGGUGACCAUUCUGGCUUUUGUAUUCGGUAGGAGACUGUAUAAAUCAAAGGUCCCUCGGGCCCAUCAGCAGGUCACGGUCAACAGUUCCUCCAAGGACACUGAGAUGAAAACAGAAGAGCCAACCGCAAGUCUUGGGCAGACCUUGGAGUGGCUGAGAAAGGAGCUGGCAGAGAUGCAAGUUCAAGACCAGAGACUCCUGCUCACACUGAGGCAUCUUCACAGUGUCCUGGAGGAGCUGCGCACUGAGAGUGCCCACUGGGAGGACUCCAGGUCCAGUGGAGGGACGUCCCCCGUCAGAGCUCGAGCAGGCUCUGAAACCAGGGGCCGUCCUCCCAUCUCUACCAAGAGGCUCGCCCAGCUCCUCCAAGGGGCGGACAGCAGACGAAGCUCCCUCCCUUAA